ACUGUGAAGUCGUGAUUUGCUAUUUCCGACUGUCCGUAAAAGCAGCAACAGCAGAGACGUGGCCGUCGUUGCGGCUGUUGCGUUCAAGUGGCGCAGUGUCCCGUCUGGAGGCAGAGAGGGCGAAGUUUCAUUCUGCAUUGCAGCCUGAGCGCUGCUGCUGGAAUUCAACACAACAAUGGCGACUCCCAGUCCUAACAGCAACUCCACUAGCUCCAGCAACAACAGCAACAUCGUAGGAUCAACGUCGCACCAACUCCACCAGCAAACACAGAGCAGCAGCAUGCAAGAAACCAACACCUGCUGGAGAUGUCAAAAUGAAACAGGGUUUCAGAUAAGCCUGUCUGGAAUACCCCAAAGUAAACGCAAAGCUCUGAAACUGAAUUUUGCCAACCCUCCAGUGAAACCGGCUUCCAGGCUCCCACUCAAUCCAACAGUUCCCUCUUUCCAGAACCCUCACAUAGAGCGCCUACGGACACACAGUAUUGAGUCAUCUGGGAAGCUGAAGAUCUCCCCUGAGCAGCACUGUGACUUCACUGCAGAGGAUCUGAGAGACCUUGGUGAGAUCGGCCGUGGGGCGUAUGGCUCCGUCAACAAGAUGGUCCACAAACCCACAGGCCAGAUCAUGGCUGUCAAGAGGAUUCGCUCCACUGUGGAUGAGAAGGAGCAGAAGCAGCUGCUGAUGGACCUUGAUGUAGUGAUGAGGAGUAGUGACUGUCCCUACAUUGUGCAGUUCUACGGCGCCCUCUUCAGGGAGGGGGACUGUUGGAUUUGUAUGGAACUUAUGUCUACCUCAUUAGACAAAUUCUACAAAUAUGUAUAUUGUGCAUUAGAUGACGUCAUUCCAGAGGAAAUAUUAGGCAAAAUAACAUUAGCAACCGUUAAAGCACUGAACCACUUAAAAGAAAACUUGAAAAUAAUUCACAGAGACAUCAAACCUUCCAACAUUCUUAUGGACCGAAAGGGGAAUAUCAAACUGUGCGAUUUUGGCAUCAGCGGCCAGCUGGUGGACUCCAUAGCCAAGACCAGAGAUGCAGGCUGCAGGCCUUACAUGGCACCUGAAAGGAUAGACCCCAGUGCUUCUAGACAAGGCUAUGAUGUCCGGUCUGAUGUAUGGAGUUUGGGAAUCACCCUGUAUGAGCUGGCAACAGGAAGAUUCCCCUACCCUAAGUGGAAUAGUGUUUUCGAUCAGCUGACGCAGGUGGUAAAAGGCGAGCCUCCCCAGCUCAGCAACUCAGAGGAGAGGCAGUUCUCCCCCAAGUUCAUCAACUUUGUUAACCUAUGCCUUACAAAGGAUGAAUCAAAAAGGCCAAAGUACAAGGAGCUUCUGAAACACCCUUUCAUUCUGAUGUAUGAGGAGCGUUUUGUGGACGUCGCCAGCUACGUGUGUCGCAUUCUGGAUCAGAUCCCUGCCUCUCCUAUCUCGCCCAUGUAUGUCGACUGACAGUAAAUCCAGGGAGGGUAGGGUGAGGGUUGGGGGAGGGGGGUCGUUAGCCAACAGUGGGUUGGACACUAAGUUUUGUGACGCGACGCUUGACAUCUUAGCCCUAAGAGUUAGGUGGGAUCACCAGUUUUUUCACGUGUUCCAAAGAACAAAGGAACUAAGUCCAAAUUGCUCAGUGCAAUGAGACAAAUAUCCUUAAGCAAACCUUUCAACCUCCCAUCACCUCAUUUUAAAAUCCCAUAAUAUUGUCAUUCAUCUUCAGCCAGAAAAACUUGAAGCGAGAACAUUGUCUUAGUAAAAUGCAAUGUAAAAAAGGAAUGGAAUGGAGUAUACAUAUAUGGAAAAAAAAAAAAUAUAUAUAUAUAUAUAUAUAUACUUGAAUUUGUACACAAAUACAGAAUUUACCAAAUAAAAUGGUGAGCAGUGACGCUCUUGAUGUAUGAACAAAAAUAGCCACCCAAUGGAUUGUACAUUGUGGACUGUAUGUUUGCAUAUGUGUGUUCACCUCUGAACUGUUGACAUGUACAAAUGUAUGCAGAUAGAUCUGCUGUCUCAACAGUCUUUGCAUUUGGUUGAGAGCACCUUUACUCACAGCAAAUGGUUGAGCAUGCAAGAGUGUUUCUGUGUGGAACACUCGUGGAUUCAGUAGCGCGGCUUUCUUUUUCUUUUCUUUUUCACUUUCCCCCAAUAUGCAAUCUGUGAGAAGCUGUCUUGAUAGAAAAAUAAGACAACUGCCAUUUCUCACAAACUGGCCUCAGUUCGUCUCUUUUGUUAUCAUUGUGUUUGAGUUAUAAAACUAAGCAUCUCUUUUUGAUUGAGAAUUUCCUGUGUUAGUCUUGUUGAACAGCAACAGAACAGAGCUGGUGGUAGAAACUCCUAAUGAGAAGUGAUAUCAAAUGGCAACACCUGGUUUAAUGUAACUGCAUUUUUGUCAUUCAAAGAAGUAGCUACAGCUAAAGACGAUUGAUGGGUUAAAAAAAACAAAAAAACGCAUGCUUCCAAAAUAUCCUUUAUAGGUUUUUGUUAAUAAAAAAGACAAAGGACAAGAUGAUGUAACUAUAGCUAGCUAAGAUGAGAAGCGGACUAGCAAAAAUAUAUGUUAAAUAAUUCUGUCCAUUUAAAAAAAAAAAAAAAAAAAAGGAAGAAGAAAAAGCAGGUUUAAAAAAGGUUAAGAUUGGUAAAAUAAGGUAUACUAACUGAAUAGAAAUGUAUAUUUUUCUACUAUAUAGUUCUAGUCAAAUGGAUGAGGAAAUAGAAAAGACUGUUACGCUAUUAUCAUGCUAAUAAAUUCAAGUUUAACAUCUAGCUAAUGGUAUGUUUUUUUUCUAUUCGCGGUAAGCAAGGUAGUUAGAUAUAUGGUAAUAGGUCUUUGAUGCUAGCAAACCAACAUAAAGCAUUGGGUAAAAGAUCUGUAGAUUUGUAAAAUGCGCUAAAAAAACAGGAAAAAAUAAACAUGUAAACAUUGUUUCAUUUUUGCACACUACAAGUAAAUGUUUGUUUUUUUUAUAUGCCUUUACAAUACCUAGUGUUGUAAAACCUAUGUAGUUCAAACAAGCUGCAUUGCCUCUAGCUAACCAGGCAUUUAUUGGUAACAAGGUUAUUUUUAAAAAAAGAUUUUCGCAGUUAAUGUACUGAUUGAGAAACAGUCCCCACUACUAACUUGUAAAAAAGUUUGGUUCACAUUGUAUAAAUCAAGUAAGUUGUAUAUUUUUUGGGCUAAUGGUGUACCUAUUUUGGUCUCCAAGAAUAACUUCUCAAAAAAAAAAGAGACUUAAUUUUUUGACUUUGCCAAAAUGAUAACACAAGAGACUUUAAGUGGUGCUAAUCCAGUGCUACAUUAGCCUUUUCUGCUGCAGGAACCUAGUGGGAGGUAGCCCCAAACAUUUACAGUAAUAGUCUUCUGGUUGGCCUUUUCAGUCUUAUUUUUCCAUUGCUUUAUAGGCUUAAAAAACCCAACAAUGUAAUGUUUUUUUUUAAUGCCUUCACCUGCAUUUUAAAUGCAAUCAGUUUGCAUUAAGGCAUACUGUCGUUCUUUCAGGACCACCCAGAAGUCUCCCAGGCUACACACUUUUUGUCCCACAAAAACAUCCUCGUUUCCAUACUCCUUGCGAGUAGUGGAAGAUGUCCUCUACCCUGCUGUAAAGUUAGUUUAGGACAUUAUGUCCACUGUAAAUGUGUAUGUACAUAGAACACCUAACCUGCUGUUACUGGCAGGUUCUGCUCAACAGUUAAGGCUGAUUCCUAAACACAGAUCCAAGCACCAAGAUAGGUGUUAGGUGCAAAUUCUUUUAGUUUAGGAAUGAGCCUUAAUUCCACCUGGUAGCCUGUCAUAGCACUGUACAGUUAAACUUCUCAUCCACACUGAUCACAGAUCCACCGUGCUGCCAUAUAGCAGCAGUAACUACAAGUUUAAAAGUCUAGGCAUGGGAGUUCUGUCAAAAAAUAAAUAAAAACUGUAAAUGCUGCUAAAUCACAAACUAUUGACUUCCAUACCAACUACCGAACUGUCAGGAGAAGAGGAAUCUCACUCCACACAGUUACUGCGUUUUCAUCCUUAAGUUCACCACGGACUCGGCAUGCUUCUCCAUGACUUAGUAUGUCUUUCUGGCUUGCACUGAUGAUAGAAUAUUUCCAUGCCAAACCAUGCAUUAAACUCGGAUGCAUCUCCAUAAUCCAAAAUGCCUCACCUGUCUUCCUUUGUCAGUUGUAAUAUUCUGGAGUUUUACGUAAUUGUGUGGCAGAAGGUCAAUGGGAGGCCACAAUUUUGAGACUAUUGAGAUGCACCCAUUGUCACUUCUUUUCAGAAAGCCACAUCUACCAGGCUGGGCCUCUUAUCCACAGAAUGGCGAGACAAAUAUCACACUACUUGGCGAUAGCUAUUAACCAAAUUAUAUGGAUGAUGGUCCUUUAAGUGUGGGACACUGUAGGGACUUUUACAUGCGUCUCCCUGUUGGAGUGGGUUGGGGACUUUUUAGUGUGGCUUGUUUAAAAUGUUGAAUACUUUUGGCCUGUUUGGGAGGGCAACACAUUACAACCGCAUAGGUGGCGACGUUGUAGAACCCACAUAAUUCUUUUGGUAAGCGACUUUCCAUUUCUAUGUCUAACGCGAAAUGGUGCAGACCCCAGAGAAAGCCCACAGAUGGAGUCGUUUAACUUCAAACUGUCUCUAGAGCUGUUGUAUUCUGUCAUGUGUUUCCAGGAAGCUAACUUGACGCUGGUGAAUCUCCAGGGUACAUGUUGUAUAAAUUGCAAAAUUACUAGAAUGUUCAUAUUAGAUUAUAAGAUAUUAUUAAGGGCAAUGAAUAUUAUAUUGUAUCUUCAUCGAUGGUUACAAAUAAAGUUCCCACG